GUUGAACUUGACAGCCUCCAAGAACGAACAGCUGGAUAUGAUACAGAGUGGCGUCUGCCUGCUUGAGAACCAAAACGCGAGCAGAAAGCAUCUGUAUAAGUGUACUGAAACCAUGGACACUACCCGGCCAACCACGAACCACAGCGUCAAAAUGAUCACUCCUCCGUACAAUACGAAGCGAUCCUCUUCUCCCAAUGUCAAAGUCCGCACAUUCGCGCAGCGCGGAGAGGCGGAGGAUCUUGACGACGGCAGACCGAGAAACUGCGAAAACAAGAACGCAAGCUCCCCUCCACGCCGUCAUUACGACAAGAAGCGAAAGACCGAGCGGAACAGUACGGACGCUCUCGAAGCAGCCUUGACCCUGCCCAGCUUUGCAUGUGCUGCCUCUCUCCUCGAUCCAAUGAAGUUCUCGCACGCAAGGGCCGCCGGCUCAGCGGAUAGACAGCACAUGGAUGUUGACCUGGCCAUGGUCCAUGAAGUGGACGAGCCAAGUAGCCUUCCAAGCACACUCUCUGUUUCUUCACCUUUGAAUGGUAUCGUGAGAAUCGCUGCUGGCGAAACGGCAGACACAGCCGACUGUGCUAUCCCACCACCGGCCUCCCACUCCUCCUUGAGACACACGUAUCGCACUUACAUUCCCAUUCUCAGCUCAGAGUAUCCCCUGAACUAUCUCUCCACUGAUCUCGAGCCUUGCGUAGCAGCAGAGACCCAGGUUGAUUACCAGAAUCAUCAUCAUUACCAUCAUUCUUUCUCAAGAACAGGUUUCCCCAUCUACGAAGACCCCGACGACAUCGAGAUUCAAUUCCAAGAGAUCAGAGUGAACGUCUUCGCUCCAUGGGACGAAGACAAGGAGAAUAUCGACGAGGGACUUUGGAACGGUGAGCCCGCAGAGGAAGGAGGAGGAGGAGGAGGGGAGAAUCAACACGAAGACAGCAGCACCCGUAACGGCAACACCCACAUCAUCGAGACCCAUGACCUCACCCUCAACACCAACCUGGACACGGACGCAGACAUGAACAUGGAGAUGGAUCUCGACCUUGAUCUCGAGAACAUCACCAUGUUCCCCGCCCCGGAGAACAGUCUCUUCAGCACGCCCACCACCCAACAUUCCAUGGACACAAAUGCCUUCAACUGGGAUGCCAACGCCAACCUCACCACCGUCCUCACCCCCAUCACAGGCGAUGCCAGCACCUCAUAUGCAGCGUUUUUCGACGAGCCCGAGGCCAUCGUCGGACCGUGGACGCACGUCCCGGACCUCGUGGCUCCUUUCUCGGUAGUGCACACGAGCCAAGAGCUGCCUAUGGAUAAUGGCACAGACCACGCUGCGCUGGCUCCAGUCGACGAAAUUACUAUCAACCCUCCUCCCGAGUUUGACUUCGCAGAGCAUGAUCAGGUCACGCCGGAUGCAAGUGGCCUCUGGCUACCCUGGUCCUCGCAGAGCCUGACAGCGUCGGAGAUGGCUGCGCUUGCGCUCUCGGUGGCGAGGCAGCGGGAGGAGCAGAUGCAGGGAGAUCAGAUGCAGCAGCAGACACAGACACAGAUUGAUGCGGCUGCGGGAGGCAAAAAGGUCCGCCGUGGUACGAGAAGACUGUAGGCUGUGCUUGCUUGCUUGAGCUUGUAGAUGAACUCUGUGUGUAAGUGUGUAUUUUUCUGCGGGAUCCCAGCCCUAAUGAAGGAUGAAAUGGGACGAGACGAAAAGCUGGGAAUGCCUAUGGUGUUGAUCGCUUUGCUUGCAUGUUUAUGUGUUUGAGUACUCUCUAUGCAUUGUUUCGGAUUGCAGGCGAAUACCGGGGUUAUUGUUUGAUGACUGGUUUGUAUUGUAUUCUGAAGCUUAAGUAGAAGCAUAGCCUGACGUUUUAGUACUUAU